AUGCGGGCUGCAAAAAGGGGGUCCCCACAGGAAGAGAGCCAACAGGUGAAUCCAGAACUGAACGCAGCGAACAACUUGUGUAAAAAAAUCUUCUACCUAAGCAAGAAUGGCGUGAAAAAUGAAAACGUAUGGAAGCAUUACUUAAUCGAAGUAGGUUUGAGUAAGAGUCAACACAUCGUUAAGGUCAUCCUGCGUCGUGGCACCGUUAGGGGGAACCACGAAAGGGAAGAAGCAAAAGAAACACACACAGAUGAUGACGUAGUGGAUACUCUUAUAGACACCCUAUCGAAGAGGAUGGACCGACUGACAAAUAGCCAACGGAGUCUCCUCCUGCACAUCAUCCAAAAGUUACACAGGAUCGAAAAGUACGAUAAUGUGGUAAACGAAAUUAAUGGCAGAAUUUUGGAGGGAACCCCCGUAAAGAAGUUGAACGCGAGAGCCUUCUCCAGCGUCCUCCACGUGUACGCGAGUGGUGGAGCUUCAAAUUCAUUUAGGGAAGGAGAAGCUCCUACUAGUAGGAGUCACCACCUUGAAGAAACCAUAAGCAACGUCUUUUCGGAACCAGCUGGACAACAGAACAAACUGGUGAAGAUCCUCCUUAAGGGGAAGGUGCGCCUGGAGGAUAUCCUCCGUCUCCUCGGAGCCAUGCACAAACUAAAGAUAAAAAAUAAGCAGAUCCUUCAAUGCGUCGUGCAAAUUCUAAAUGAAAAAGUGAGAGACGAGAGUUACUUCCUAACCCCGUCUCUUCUUCUCUACCUGGCCAAUCUAAACGUGUACAAUGAGGAGCUCUGGAGAAAGCUGAAAAUGGUUGUAAUGCAGAAUUACAGAUUCUACAACUCGGUGCACCUAACGAAUGUGUUUUAUGGGUUCUCCAAGUUUAGGCCCGAUAACGUGGAGGACUUGUUUGACAUUUUGGCUAGUCACAUCAUGGACACAAAUUUGUACAUGGAACAAUGUAGAAAGGAGGAAAAACGGUUAAGUCAGGGGAAAUCUGGUUCUGUAGAUUCUAACCUGUUUGAUCAACCCAAAUGGGAAGAUCACCCCCCCAGGGACAAAACAGACAACACGUUUAACCUCUUCCAAACAACGAACAUUAUAAAGAGCUGCCUACUUUGUAAUUACCUAAAUUGUAACUUCUUUCAUUUUUUACUUGAUCGAUUCAGAAGAUCGGAAGAACCACAAUCGUUAGACAAUCAAAUUGAUUCCCUAAAGGCAGUGUCAAGUAUCUUAAAAACGUUCAACAGAUGCGUCUACAAAUAUGUGGUGUGCUUUAAUUACACUGAAAAGGAGGAGGAUACCUCUCUGAAGGACGGACAACACAUGUACGUCCACUUGCUAAACAGUGAGAGCACUCACAAGGAGAUGCACACGUAUAGCGGCAGUUACGACAUGUGUGAUAGCCACCUACCGAUGGUAGAAUACCUCUCUGUGGGUUCUACACCAAAGGAGGAGCAACGGAAGUUUGAAAUAUACUGGGAUGAAGUAAGCGAAAAGGUAAGAAAAAAAAUGGAACAGAAUUUGGGAACCCCCCACUUGAAGCUACUCCUACAUAAAUUAAUCCUCUCUCUAUCGGCAUCCACUGUGAGGUUUGUAAAUCUAUAUGCCUUGUGUUUAAUCAUGUUGGAAGAAAACAAAAAGGACUUGAGUGUUAACAAUUUGUUCCUUUAUGUCCAAAUUUUCCACCGAAUCAAAUUGUACAAUUAUGAACUGUUCAAUUGGCUAGUUGAACACAUGAAGCAGAAUACACAUUUGCUAGAUGUGAAGAAAAAAAUGAAAAUUAUUUUAUUGUCUUAUAACAUUUUUAAAAGGAUAAAUGAACAAGAGAUGCAGGAAUUGUACCGCUUCUUUUUAAGUUCAGAUGAUUCAUCCUUUUCCAGAAAAGAGGAAGCAAUUUCUGCAGAUGCUCCCCCCAUGUGGGAAAUUCCCGCAGAAAUAAAUAUGAGGGGGAACAUGGUAGACUUGGAUCGCAUCUCGUGGUGGACCACUCCGAACGGUGAGCAUGAUGAGAUUGGAAGUUUUACAAAUGGUGGUGAUGAUUCGGUUGGAAGGAGCUUCCCUGUGGGGGAAAAGAACCCUCAUAGGAAAAACCCCCUCAUGGGUGAAAAUCAGAAGGACCCAAGUUUUGCCUUACCAAGCAAGGUAAAUUUGUUCAGCAAAAUAGAAAAAACGGAUACGUUGCCAUGUCAUUUGCAGUUCACCGACUAUAUAAACUUUCUUCUCAUUUUGAUUCACAACUGGAAGGGAGAUGCAAAUGGGAGGUUUGAUCUCCUCUCGCUGAUUUCGAAGGGGGCAAAUGAUAUCGUGAAAAUUGGGCAGAUGGACGCAACUUUGGAUGAGCACACGAAGCGGUUAGAGGAAAACCUGCACCGUGAGAGGGGCACCAUCGUUAAGCUGUUCCAGAAGCUGGAUCGUUUUUCACGUCGGGGGCCUCACACCGAGGAGGCAGAUAAGGUGGGUAGCUUGCAUGGCCUGCGUAGCGACUGCUCCCUCCAAAUGGAAUACCUGCUGCAGUUUAUAAAGGCGAUAAGCGAAGAGGUGCACGACGACAUAGUGAGGGCGCUGGAGGGGAGGGUUUCCCAAAUGGGCAGUCAAAUGGGUAGCCAAAUGGGCAGUCAAAUGGGUAGCCAAAUGGGUAGCCAAAUGGGUAGCCAAAUGGGUAGCCAAAUGGGUAGCCAAAUGGGUAGCCAAAUGGGUAGCCAAAUGGGUAGCCAAAUGGGGGGCCAAAUGGGAGUCCGAUGCGCCCCCCUUAAAAGCCCGUUCGAGUUAAAAGAGGAAGACUUGCAAUUCCUAAAUUUGUCGAGAGGAGGCAAAGGCAGCCCGCGCGCCAGUCCGCCCACAGUCCAUAAUAACAAAACGAUUAAUAGGUACAUGUAUGGAAGUGUCCGGGACACGGUAGACCUCCUUCGACAGAGUUUCCAUCUGCACAAAUGUAGCAAUGUUGGAGGUGUUUCUUCGAAGAAUAGCAGAAAUUACCUGAAUGGAAUGGAAUCAUUUUACAAGAUAAACAGGUUCUUAAUAGCAGAUGUAGCGUACAUUUUCGAAAAAGGAGAAGAAAAAUUAUUUCACUUUCUUCUAUUUUACCCAUACGAAUUAAAAAAAACAGUUGUAAGGAAAUGCGAAAAUCGGAUUUUUCUAAAACAGGAAUGUGAUGAAUCGCUUCUAAUAUGCACCGAGGUUAUUUUCUUUUACAAUUUCUUGAGGAAGAAUUUUCCGAACCCGUUUUUUUUCAGCCUCGUGGAUACCACUCCGUUUGUUAAAUUUUGCAGAAGCACAAGUGGAGAUGCGUUGGUGCGGGGCAUUCCCGAUGGUGAUCGCGUCAUGCGCGAGGCCACCCGCCUUUUAGAGACCAUCUCGAACGCAUAA